AGCGAUUUGCAAGGGCUUUUGAGUAUGUUAAAGCCGUCCUCACGAUACCAGGUUCAGUGUGAAAGACAUUCAUCAACCUGAAAGCUGGACCCACUUAUCGAAUAUAUGAGCCUUCCAUCGAGUAUGACGGUCAAAAAUCAACAACUCUCCAACCUGGGACGGAAUUGAUUUCGAACGCCAAACUGGACCUUCUUUUGCAGACAGCCUACAGCCUCUUCCCGGACCAUCUCCCUAUCCAUGUUAUCGCAUGUCUGGCUCUCACAGCCAAAGACUUGUAUCAUCGCAAUCAUCAUCUAAACUGGAUCUGGAAAAGUCACUUUUCGAAUAGAAACGAACUAACAGAGGAUGCAUAUCUCAAGGUCAUUCGCCCAGAUAUCUCUGGUGUCGAGCGACUUGAGAUGCUCGAGGCUCUCCUCAAGGAGCGUCCCUAUCUAGAAAUCUGCGACUAUUGUCAGAAAUGUAUCUCGUCGGGAGCCGUUCAAAUUGGACUCGCUACUUUCCUUCUUCUGGGCUUUCUACGAAAACGUGAGGUACUCCUGUCAUCCUUUCAAGUUCUCGGAUCUACCGCUGGGAUUGGAAUUUACUCACUGGUCCACACAUAUAACUUUCGAGCAUUUUCGACAAGUCAUGUAUCGUCGCCGAUUUGGUGGAGAGUACGGCGUGGCUUCAAAGACCGUCUCAGUCGACAGGGACUGAAGAUUCGGUAAACGUGUCAAGAUACAUCGUAGGCCAUGUCGUACGGGUUGUUUUACAGCUUGUCCCGCAGCGUGUCGCACGGUCUGGCUGGAGAAGCUUGACAUCGAGCCUUUGUUCGCAGGUCGCAAUCUGAUUCUACAUGUUACCCAGCGCAUCCUGCUCGGUCGCAAGUACAUGAUCUCUUUGUCGUCCAGAGGAUUCAAGAGGUCGAGUGUUAUCGGUGCUCUGAUUGCCACGCUGCAGGCUUGUCACUGCGGCAACCCAUUGAACGAUAGACGGCUCCGAACAGACGCAGAGAUGCGCAUGAUGUUGCU